GAUUUAGAUGAAGGUGAUGAGGAGGACCCCUUGAUGGUUAAAGAAUAUGUUAAUGAGAUCUAUCAUUACAUGUGCGAGCUUGAGCUUGAAACCCUUCCUGAUGCCGAUUACAUGUCCCGUCAAAGUGAAUUGACAUGGAAGAUGCGAGGUGUUUUGGUAGACUGGAUCAUCGAAGUGCACUCGAAAUUCCGAUUGUUACCUGAAACUCUUUACCUUGCCAUCAACUUGAUGGACCGAUUUCUUACUAAACGAACAGUCGCUCUCAUCAAAUUCCAACUGGUUGGAGUCACUUCAUUAUUCCUUGCAUCUAAAUAUGAAGAAGUUAUCUGUCCUAGUGUGACAAAUUUUCUGUACAUGACUGAUGGAGGAUACGAAAAUGAAGAGAUUUUGAAGGCUGAAACUUAUAUGUUAGAGAUGUUGAGCUGGGAUCUUCGGUAUCCUAACCCAUUGAACUUCUUGAGGAGGGUCUCCAAGGCAGAUCACUAUGAUAUCCAAUCUCGUACAUUUGCUAAAUACUUUAUGGAAAUUUCGAUUGUUGACUACCGAUUAGUCGCCACUGCACCUUCACUUUUAGCAGCCACCUCGAUCUGGUUAUCAAGGAAACUCUUGAACCGAGGAGAAUGGGAUGCAAACUUGAUUCAUUAUUCUGGAUACACACAGGAUGAGAUCCUUCCUACUGCUCAGAUCAUGGUUGAUUAUAUCCUUCGGACCGGUUGCAAGGUUUUGGGUAUCGGACUUGAACCAAACUUCGUGGGUGCUGUUGGAUACGAAGGAGGAAACGAACAUGGUAAUUUGUUCAAAAAGUAUUCUACUCGAAAGUUUUUUAGAGUCAGUGAAUUGGUACGAGAUUGGGCUGUGGAAACGUAUACUUAUGAAACACCUACUGGAUUCGAAUGGGAUCGAUUAGAAGAAUGGGCACAUGUAAAAGACACGGGUGAUGAUGUGAAUCUUACACGUAAAGGUGGAAAGAAAACAAAUGGAAAAAUGAUUAAAAAGGAGAUGGAUGAAGAUGAUGCUGACGAUCAUGAAGUUGAAGAAGAUCAAAAUGAAGAAGAAGAAGAUGAAGAAUAGUAGUGUUGUGAUCAUAUCAUGAGGGUUUUUUUUUCAUCAUCAAUUUCUUUUUUUUCUUUUGGUUAUCUUUUGAUGGUGGGUUAUAUCUUUUAUGUAAUUGGUUCUUGGGUAUUUUGUGUGCGUGUGUGUGGGUGUGAUGUUUUUCUUUUUUGACACAUAAACAGAUGACCGAAAAAAAAAUUUGUUUGUAUGUCUGCCUGUGAUGUUUCUUUUUUUGGUUUGGUUUUAACUUUUUUCAUUUUAUUUUUUCUUGGGUGAAUUUUUGAAAUCUGGACCAUUAGUUUUUUUUGUUUUUUGUUUUUGUUUUUGUAGAUUGAUGAUGAUGAUUGAUCAUCAUCUUUGGAUGAUCGAUCAUCAUCUUUGAUGACAACUACUACUACGAGAAGAAGAUAAAAAAAUAUGACUGUUUUGAUUGGUUUUCUUUUCUUUUUCUUCUUUUGUUUAAAAGGUUCUUGAAGAAGAAAGGAAAAAAACAGUUGAAACUGGGCUACGUAUUUGUGAUUUUUUGUGUCUGUUUUAUUUAAAAAUGAGAAAUUAAUUUAAUUAUUGAUGUUUUUUUUUGAGU